AUGCCGCAGGAUACUACCGAAUUCGCAAUGUCAAACGACCGAACAGAUUAUCCAAUGAAAAUAACCUUAAGCGACGGACAAGAAAUUUUAUGUGAAGAGUGGAUGUUUGAUCUAACAUUAGCAGAUUUUGUUAUCGCAGGUUUAAUACCUAUUGAUAAAGCGGUUUCGCUCAUAGAACAAUGGAAGCUCGAAGAUAGGAUCGCUGCUGCAGUCAAUUAUCAUCCACAAGUUCUUGAAAUUUUAAUGAAUCCAAAUAUAUCAGCAAGAAAUGUCUGUGUAAAUUGUAACACCUCCAAGUCUCCAGCAUGGCGAAGGGAUAAUCAAGGGAAAUUGCUUUGUAAUGCUUGCGGAUUAUAUUUGAAACAACAUGGAAUGAAUCGACCUGUUGAAUACAUACAAGGAGGAACCAUCAAAUAUAAGCGAUCAAAAAAGAAUUCCAGUUGUUGA